CGGAUGUCUUGGAGCUUGCGACCGGGACUCCCGCAAUGACGAAACACGGCGACUAGCACAUGUGAAAGCUAGCGCAAUGCUUCAGCUAUCUAUCCCGAGGCAUACCAAAUGCCAGAAUAAAGACAGCGAAGAAGUAUACAAGUGCUGCCCAAUCUAACCAGCAAGCCAAUUGCACAUCCUUCCAGCUCUCCUUGCCAUUGGUCCUGUGAAGCCAUAGCCAAGAUGUCGGGAAGCAAUCAGACGUCCCCGCGCUUCUUCAACUAUCCCACCCCCAAACCUCACGACGCGCCAUACAAGGCACCGCCUCCAGGAAAGAAUCCUGUAGUCAAGGGAGCUUUACUGCACUAUCUUUCCAACCUCGUUGCGACUGUACCGGUGGUCCCUGGCAUCCUGUGGAGCAAUGCCGGCUUCAGCUCUUUGCGAGAAUGCAGACAGCUCGACGGAAUCGACCCGCGCUACGAUCCCACCGUGAUACCGGUGGCCGAGGCGAACGAAGCUCCUACCAGCUAUACAGAUAAAUCCAGCUUGCGCGAAUCGUUCAACCACGCCUCGUCGAGCCGAUUCCACUCCAUCAAAGACUUCCACGACGCAUACUCGAGCGGCGCACUUACGCCCACCGAUGUUAUUGAGCACCUUCUUCCUCUCAUUCGCAGAGAUGUCGCACAGCGUUCGCCUUACUCGACAGCCUUCAUGGACAGCAAGGUGGACAUGGUCAGGCAAGCCGCCGAAGCCUCCACGCAACGAUACAAGCAAGGAAAGCCAUUGGGCAUACUAGACGGCGUUCCCUUUGGUGUCAAGGACGAUCUCAAGGUCAAGGGGUACAAGCACUACAUUGGCACCACCCACGACUACAGCAACGGCGGGAACAAGGACACGAGCUGGUGCGCAAAGAUGGUAGAGAAAGAAGGUGCUAUCCUGGUCGGAACGCUGACCAUGCACGAACUGGGCAUGGAUACCACAAACAACAACCCAAACUGGGGUACACCAAUCAAUCCAUACAACAGCUCAUACUACCCGGGCGGCUCCUCAGGCGGCGCUGCAUCUGCCGUAGGACACGGCCUCAUACCUUUUGCCAUUGGCUCUGAUGGCGGUGGUUCAGUCAGAAUCCCCAGCAACUACUGUGGUUUGUACGGCCUGAAGCCAUCCCACUCCCGCGUCUCGGUCGCCCCCAUGCCAGAUGCUGGGAAAUCCGUCACCGUUCGAGGGCCCCUCGCAAGCAACAUGUCGGAUCUGGAAAUCGCAUACCGGGUACUCGCCCAGCCCGACCCAUCAACAUACCCCUCGUCGCUGUUCAGCCCACCCAGAAAGCACACAGGGCCCCGAAACAAAGUGCUAGGUGUAUACAAAGCGUGGAUCGACCGCGCCGACCCUUCUGUACAAGAAGCCUUCCACUCAGCCUUACGGUACUUUGAAUCAGAACUAGGCUACCAAACCAUCGAUAUCAGCAUCCCACUCCUCACAGAAGGCCAACUCGCCCACGCAAUGACCAUCAUGGCCGAAGGCGCCGCCGGCCACAAGACUUCCAUCUACGACCUCACACCACCCAACCGCAUCCUAAUGAGCGUUGCGCGUCAGAGUCCCGCCACAGACUUUUUGCUCGCCCAGCGCCUGCGCAACGUGCUCAUGGAACACCUCGCUUCCCUCUUCAAACAGCACCCCGGUCUCAUUGUCGUCACGCCCACGACACCCAAUGCAGGCUGGCCCAUUGAUCCCGCGGAGCUGUCUCAUGGCGUUACCAAUGGCAACAUGCAGAUUAGGAAUAUGGAGUAUGUUUGGUUGGCGAAUUUUACGGGUAUCCCGUGUAUACAGUUUCCGGUGGGGUAUGUGGAGGGUGUCAAGGGCGAGGGGAAGAUUCCGGUGGGGCUGAGUGGCAAUGGGGAGUGGGGGAGUGAGGAUUUGUUGGUUGAGUUUGGGUUUGACGGGGAGAGGUAUGUGCAGGAGGGGUGGGAGGGUGGGAGGGUUAUGCCGCGCGGGUGGGUGGAUGUUCUGAAGAGGUAG